AUGGCCGACGACGAUCUUGAGCUCAAUCUCGGAAAAAAGAAAAAGACCAAAAAAGUGAUCAAACUUGAUGAUGACGAACCCGCUCCUACACCUGAAACUACUGCUGAUGAUCUAGGCGAGCUGAAACUUGGAGGCAAGAAAAAGAAGAAACCAAAGGUUGAAGAGGAGGAAGAAAAAAAGGAUGAUGGCAUUGUAGAUUUAGGAAUUGGCAUUGGAGUUUCAAAUCUUAUCGAUGCUCAACGACCUUGGCCCGAUUAUACCUAUGAUGAAUGUUUGACACUGGUCUUCAAUAUUAUGCGGGAAAAGAAUCCGGAACUUUCCGGGGAAAAGAAGAAGUUCGCUAUGAAACCACCGGAGGUUGCUCGUGCAGGAAGUAAAAAGACCGCCUUUUCCAAUUUUGCCGAAAUUUGUCGAUUAAUGAAACGACAAGACAAGCACGUCCUCCAAUUCCUUUUAGCCGAACUUGGUACCACCGGAUCGAUUGACGGUAACAACUGCCUCAUAGUUAAAGGCCGGUUUCAACAGAAACACUUUGAAAGUGUAUUGAGGAAAUACAUUAAAGAAUACGUCAUGUGCCACACGUGUCGUUCAUCCGAUACUGAGUUAACCAAAGACACUCGCCUGUUCUUCCUUCAAUGUCAUACCUGUGGGUCACGUUGUUCUGUAACAGCCAUCAAAAGCGGAUUCACAGCAAUGGUCGGCAAACGAGCAGCAGCUCGACGAGCCGCCGAAGCUACUGCAGGCAAGUAG